AUGGAUACGACCGAUGGUCAUAAAGAAACUCUACCAAUGUUGGGAGAAAAACAACUGGUCGAAGAAGAAACAACAAAACAAGUAAUCGAAGAAACAAAAUUUGGAGAUGAACUCGAAAAAAUGAAACGUGAAGCUGAAGAAAUAAGACGAAUGGAAAAAACAAAACGCCACCGUGAAACCGAAGUAAAAAUACGUAAUUUCAUAAUCCAAAGAGCAAAACAAGAGGAAGUAGAACUCCACGGUGCUUCAUCCAAAGCAAAUAGAUUUUUUUUUCUUAAAGUAUCUCUUGAUGAAGUUUGUGAUAUUGAUGUGCCCGAUGAUUUGCAAUCAUUUGAUAUCAAUUAUGUAUUAAAAGAUAACAAUUAUUUUAAUGAUAAUAUAUUUAAUUCUGUUGAACAUUUCUUAAAUGAAUUUUCAUCAAAUCCAAAAUUAAAGUCAUAUGAAAUUCAAAAUAUAGUUGGCGAUUGA